AUGUUCGACCUCCUCGCACCAAUCCUUGCAUUGGCAGCUACUGUCCACGCACAUGGAACUCACUCUCAAGAGCCAUUGCAGCAGGGUCCGCACAAGAGCUUGUGGUACAACACUUUGCCUGGUGACGGUGGCACUCAGGCCGACUCGGUCUUCUCCGGCAUCUCCACGUUCGGCCGUCUGCCAUACCACCCUUGCCUCGCCAGCGUUGAUGUGAAGUACGACAUUGCUUUCAUCGGCGCUCCGUUCGACACGGGCACUUCGUACCGUCCUGGUGCCAGAUUUGGACCCUCCGGUAUCCGACAAGGAAGCCGUCGUCUAAACCUCUACGGCGGCUACAACGUCCCACUCGCAGCCAAUCCCUUCAACUCCUGGGCAACAGUCCUCGACUGCGGAGACAUACCAGUCACCAGCUACGACAACACCUGGGCCUUGCAUCAAAUCGAAGAAGGCCACAACAGCAUUCUCCAGCGUGCACCCGCCACCUCCGCCGAUGAACCGGGUAUCUCGAAACACGGCAAGACCCUGCCUCGCGUGCUCACCCUCGGAGGUGACCAUACCAUCACUCUACCUCUUCUCCGCUCCAUGAACAGAGCGUACGGUCCCAUCACCGUCAUCCACUUCGACUCGCAUCUGGAUACGUGGAAGCCGAAAGUCUUCGGCGGUGCACCUUCGAAAGUGGCGUCCAUCAACCACGGCACGUACUACUACCACGCUCACGAGGAGGGACUUCUCCGAAACGACACCAACAUCCACGCUGGCAUCCGCACGACGCUGAGUGGUCUGUCUGACUACGACAACGAUGGAUACUGCGGCUUUGAGAUCGUCGAGGCAAGAGAGAUCGAUACUAUUGGCACGGAUGGGAUUAUCAAGAAGAUUCAUGACCGUGUGGGACACAAGAACCCGGUUUAUCUCUCGAUAGAUAUCGACACUUUGGAUCCUGCAUUCGCUCCUGCUACGGGUACACCUGAGACGGGUGGGUGGAGUACAAGAGAAUUGAGGACGAUCAUUCGUGGAUUGAAGGGUAUCAACCUGGUCGCGGGUGAUAUUGUCGAGGUUGCUCCGGCGUACGACACUAAUGCUGAGCUUUCGACGAUGGCAGCGGCGGAUAUCCUGUACGAGGUGAUGAGCUUGAUGGUACUGGAUGGACCGUUGACGGUGGAGAAGAAUGGAGAGAAGGCGAGGAAGGACUGA